UUGUUCUCGCACCUCCCCUAGAUCCGCAUUCCUCGGCAACAUUUAUUCGAGCAUUAACCUUAGCCUAUUGCAUCACCAGAGCGGUUCUAUAUAAUGUCCCGUACAGUUUCUUUUACGAGAUACCCUCCAACACCUUGAUUCGUCCCAUCGUAGAUUCUUGAGCGACCUUCAAGUCAUUCAAUCAUUACCCACUGAGCCCUUACUCCGACAAUAUCUAUACACAAGGCCAAAUCGUACAGCAUGAAUGAAUGGACGGUCAAGACGUACGAGGGAAAACAGAAUCUCUUUUCUCUUCCCACAGCUUUCGGGACGACACUGGUCGCCUGGAAAACGGCCUGACACCCAGGUAACUUCCCAAGACAGCUCAUUAAUCAUAGUACCAUCAUGUCUGGGGUGAACUUGGCCUGGAUGACGUUCACUGAUAGCGUGCAGCUAGAAGAGACUGUGAUGGCCAUGGCUGCUCUACCUGUGGAACACCAGGCAGUGCUCUGGGCGCUCGCUGAUCGUAUGACGCAUCGUUUCGGUCUGUGCCCGACUUGUAGAGGCGCCGACGUAAUCGCCAAACAGGCCAAACGCAUCGGUCAGGGGUGGCGAGAGUCAUGGGUAUCCCGUCCGGUAUGGGCUGCCAAAGGGCUAAAGGCUCCAUCAAUGUUUUUGACAGCCGCCCUACGUUGGCAUCCUCAUCAUGCCAUAGCGGGCAUAUGCCAUCCGAACAUUCCCCGGGUCAAAGUCCUGUGCUUACGACGCCCGCAGGUCUUCCAGACAGCAGCACUGUGGGCCAAGCCACAACAACGUCGGCGGGGAGAGAAGAUGAAACAGUGGUGGCUUUACCACCGGGCAUGUGGUCCGUUUGUCGCGAGAUGCUACCGCAACACGACUGGUCUCCUGGCGGAGUGGAAUCAUGUCUGGGCUAGACCCAGUGGAUCUGGGUCCCAGAUCAAAAGGCCAGGCUUCGGUCGUCGCCGUUGA